AUGUCGAAUCCAUACGGAUAUACGAAUUAUCAACAAUAUUCUCCAGUUGAAAAUAACUCCACGAUGAGCUCAACGUCUCCCACGUUCAGUAAUUUGAGUUAUGUCACUCCUCCAGAAUCUUCUAGUUCAAACUAUUCAUUUCAUGCUCCAAGAUUGAGAUACUAUCUCUCCAAGUCGUUCGAUAUUGAGGAUGAUAUGGAGUUUUGUCCAGAUAUCCCUGAUGCUGGUUCCGGUUCUAGUCCAACCAUUAAGAGAUUCAACCCUUACACGGCAACUUUUUUCUCUCCAGGUCAAGACCAUCAAACUAGUACACAGAAUAGUCCUCCAUCGGACUCAAGCCAUCCACCUAGGAUACAUACGCCAAGGGUAAAAAAGCCUUUGGAAAUUGUUAAUCCACAUUCUAAGGUAAGAGUCGGAUCCCCUGGGAUCAAUAACAAAUAG